GAAACACGACAAGCGUACAGGUCAAUGUUAUGUACACAAAUAAUGGGAUUAUAUUUAUCUAGCAUUAUUAUAGAGUCCUCAAACCCUUUAGAUAUUUUCUAUUAAGUGUCAUAUUUGUGUUUUGAGGUUCCUUCGCGGUUCGUCUCUGUUUUCGCGUAUAUAUAUGCAGAAACGCGUUUAUAAUUUCUGUUUACAGUAUAUGAAGUAGGUCAUUGCUGUUGGCAUGUUUCUGGUGGGUUUAACCGGAGGCAUCGCCUCAGGGAAGAGCACAGUGUCUUCUCAACUGAAAGAACUGGGCUGUCCUGUCAUCGAUGCAGAUGUGGUUGCCCGAAAAGUGGUGGAGCCCCAGAGCCCAGCGUACAGAUUGAUCGUGCGGCACUUUGGACGUGAAAUUUUGUUGGACAAUGGCGAGAUUGACAGAAGGAAGCUGGGGCAGAUCAUCUUCUCCAGCCCCGAGAAACGAAAACUUCUCAACUCCAUCACACACCCAGAAAUACAUAAAGAAAUGUUCAAACAAAUACUGCUGUACUUUGUUAAAGGCUACAGAUAUGUGAUUUUGGAUGUGCCGCUGCUCUUCGAAACACGACGUCUCACUCGUUUCCUAACUCACACUGUUGUCGUAUACUGUGAUCCGGCGACGCAGCUGUCCCGACUCAUGCAGAGGGACGGUUUGAGUCAGGAGGAGGCCGAACAGAGAAUUGGCGCUCAGAUGCCCCUCAAAGAGAAGCGUGGACUCGCCAAUCACGUGAUCGAGAACUCGGGCUCCCGCGAGGACACUCACAGACAGGUGCUGCGGCUGCACACCAAGCUCGAGGACUCCAUGGAGUUCCUGGUCGUAAGGGCUAUAGCCGUGGCAGCCUUCGCCGGCCUCAGCGGUCUGUUUUUAUAUACAGUCAGACUGCUGGUCUCUUAGCAAACAUACAGAACUGCUUCCACAACAAUGACAGUAGCUCUUAAAGGGAUAGUGCACACAAAAAAAAUCAACAUUCUGUCAGCAUUUACUUAUUCUUUAGUGUUUUCUUUCUUCUGUGGAAAAUAUUUUGACAACAAACAACAUUGGACAGACAAAAACAUAUUUCUUUUUCAUGUUCCACAGAAGAAAGGCAGUCUUAUAGGUUUGGAACAACAUAAAUCAAUGAUGGAAUUUUAAUUUUUAGUCAAAAAACAAUGAAGAAUAUGAUUUGAUAUUCUUUAUUUGAUGUUUAACCUCACUUUUUUCUUUUAAUUUGACCUCACCAUUGAAAAGGCCAUAUUUACUGUUAUUUGAUUACACAGGCUGUGUUAUUAUAUAAUCAACACAAUGAUUAUGCUAUUAGUCCUAAAUGUAACAUACUGUAUAAAAUGGAAUUAUGGCAACAAUGCUACUUUUUUACCUCAGCACAUGUUUGGUAAACAUUGUGAAUUCAUGCAUACAUUUAAUGGACCGAAUGUAUUAAUAUUGUCUGCUGCUCUUUGUUAAUGUCAGAUAUUUUCAUCUGUAUCUGAAUUAAACUGUCAAAACAUAAUCUG